AUGAGCUCCCCAAUUCAAUUAGACGUUGGAGGCACUAUAUUCAAGACUAGUAAAUCCACGUUGACAAGAUUCGAUGGAUUUUUCAAAACUAUGUUGGAGACAAAUGUUCCGGUAGAACAAAACAAGUCCGGUCAUAUUUUCAUCGAUCGUGACCCAACUCACUUUAGAUUGAUUCUGAAUUUCAUGAGAGAUGGCGAUGUGAAACUUCCGGAUUCUAAACAAGACCUUGAUGAAAUUUCAAGAGAAGCAAACUUCUACUUGUUGAAGGGACUCAUGGAACUAUGUAGCCGUAAAUGGGAAGUUCCGGAACCUAAAAAGGUUUCAAAAAUGAGAUUUUUGGAGUCAGAUGAUGAUGUUCUUCGAGCAAUUGCUUAUCCAGAAAAAGCAGUACUAAUAUUCUAUUAUACUGUUGACCGCCGUGGCAGGGUUAUAAAAUUAUGGGAUAGUGAUAACCAACGUUAUUUCGAUAUUUUCGAGUUAUUGAAAAAAUACGAAAAGGAGUUCGAUAUUUAUUUCCGAAAGCGGCCGCCUGGUGACGAAGACUGGUUGUUCUGUAUUUACUACAAAAAUCAAAUAAUAGUUCAAGAAAAUUUUUCCAAAUCUUUCCGAAAUUUCGAUACAGAAAUUCAAAACUGUAUUGGAGAAAUUGAGUGUCUCAAGAGUUCUGAUGAUUACUAA